GACUUGUUUCAACAGUGAAGGACAUUGGUUCAGAGACACGGGACUUCAACAGAAACAUCCUGAAACCUGAAGUGAUCGUCUCUGAAUUUAACUUGGCAGAGGAAUCUUCGCAACACAACAAGGAGCCUUCUGACAAGUUCCAAAAUACAGACUCGAAGAUCAAACGAGUGGACAAGUCAGAAGGAAACAGUGACACAUUGAAAAGAAGCAAAGACGAGGUGGGUAUUGAAGAGAAAGGAAGCAAAGAGUCGAAGCACCUGUUGAGCGUGCAGAAUUCUCGAGAAGAGACGGACGAUGAAGACAGUAGCGUCACUUCGGACAUGAGUCGCAUGAUCUCUGAGGUGGAUACAGAUUCAGAAUGCACCUCGUCGAGGAACAUGAGGAAGUAUCAGAGGACUCAAACUCACUCGAGAUUGUUCAGGCUUCUAAACGACGACUCGAUCCUUCUAGAAGAUGCAGAGAAAACCAACGAAUCUUCCUCCACUGAAGAGUACCUUAGCCUACCUCUGAAGAGCAACGCCUUCAAUUACGAUGAGAAUUAUUGUUCCAAUUACUCUAGCGGCGUGACAUCUCCAGAAUAUUCACCCAUCUGCGAACAAUCGUGGAAAAGACUUCACGACGCGGACAACUCAAGGUCACCGGACCAAAAUGGCGACGUGUUUCGUCAAGGUCGACAAGAUCGAAUUUCCUGCAAGGAAGACCCAUACUAUCAAGCUUGGAAAACUCCCAAACCUUCGGCACCGUCCUUGGAUCACGACGUGGUGCCAUCUUUGGCUUUCAAGGUCCUGGAAAGUAGAAGGCCGUUAUGGUCGUACAAGGUCCUGAUGCAACGGAUUACUGAGCAAGGACGAGUGCCUCCAUCAGAAACAUGGCAUUGCUAGUGUGUUUUCUUUUCUUUUUUCAUUUUUUAUUUUGUUUAUGACGACUCGUCGCGAUUCGUUUUAACACGACAACCAUCGAUACCACAGGACUGCUGCUGAGAUCUUCCCAAGUCACCUCAUUGUAUUUGUUGCCCCGUAUAGGUUUCGUCUUGUCCCUUCCGCCAUUCUCUUUAUUUUAUUUCUUCUUCCCUCUUAAUCCCACGGUGUGCGCAUAUUGUUAGAAGACGAAGAUCUUUUGAGAGAUCGAUCGGUCGUUCGAACGAUCGACGACUAACGACAUUCACUGAACCGAAUCACGUGACUGGUUUUUUCGAUUUCAAAAUUGAAAAUAAUCGUCACCUGGUCGCGGUGAUUCCCUGUUUCGCCAUCUUCGUUUGAGAUAAAAAGGAAUCAACGCGAAGUGUAUUCGUGUCGAAUACCAUCACGUUACCUCGAUCAAUCAUUGUGCUAUAUUUAUGUAAGUUGUGUAAAAUAAAUUAUUUGUAAAGUUCACUUUAAA